GAUGAACCUAUCCUAGAGCUGACCUACCUGCGAACCUCCAAAUUGUACAUCAUGUACUACCACAAUUGGGCGCGACUAAUUGUACUGGGAAUACUACCUAUAUCAGUAAUCGGGUAUCUCAACGCAAAAAUCUACCAAGCAGUCAGGAGAAGGAAGGGUGGCAGGAAGCGCCAUGACGAACAUCUUAGCAUCAUCCUUAUGAUGAUCGUUCUCACAUUCGUCCUCUGCAACCUCCCUCGUCUUCUGCUGAACAUGCACGAACUAGUCGUUCUUGAGCUCAUUGAUGAAUGCCGAGAUACCCAGUUGAUGGGGUUCCCAGUGUGGAGUGUAAUUAUAGGCUUCAUUAGCCAGGUUCUACUGUGCAUAAACUCAUCUGCAAACCUGAUUAUCUACUGCUGUCUAGGCGCUAAGUUCAGGGAAGUGACACUUCGUUACUUUUGCCGAUCAUCUCGGGAUUGUCGCUGUCUACAUUCUACAGAGGAGGGAGGAAGAUGUAAGAACUGUGGAAUACAACGUGGCGCUCUAGAUACGGCCAGAGUUUCUAGCACACACCGUCCUGAUAAACAGCUUUGUGUCAUCGGAAACCUUCAAGAAGUACGUGAGAUCGGUGAGGAAGAAAUCCCUCUGCACACUUUCCAGAACAAAGUCAGCAUGAACAAUACGAAGACUACAGUAGGAGGGUCAAAGGGAAAACGUUCGCUUAAGUACGAGUCUGGGUGUUCUACAACUACAAGUCAGAUCACCAACAUCUAAUGGAAUUUAGAUCAACGACACAAAACAACUCAACUUUUUGAUCAACGACACAAAACAACUCAACUUUUAGAUCAACGACACAAAACAACUAAACUUUUAGAUCAACGAAACAAACAACUCAAGUUUGGUUAGGUCAAAAAAAAAAAAAAAAAAUUCUGGAAAUUAACAAAAAGAUCUUUGCUUCCUUAAUUAAAAUCAAAUCACAGCUCAGACUACAUUCAAAACAUAAAUUGAUCACCGACAUUUACAUCAUAGAUCAAGGACAUUGAAAUCUGCAGAUCAUCGAUAUCAAAGAGAAUCUUGUCAACCCUCUUCUCAAAAUGAAUGAAGCGUGGAUGGAUGAAUGUGCUGCCAGAUUACAACCCCUGGUAGA